AUGUGCUCAACGAAUGCGAAGCGCAGUGGAGAUGAAGAUGCUGAAAGAUGUUGUUCGUCAUCAAAAGCACAAUUUAACUUAUAUGAUUCUAGUGGUCCUAGUUCAAGCCAGGCUUAUUGUGCUGUUCCAAGCACUGGUGCCGACAUCGAAGAAGCUACAGCUGCAGCUAAUGCAGCUAUCGCUGUUGCUCAGCAAGCAGAUAUCACAUCAAUUAAGCAACACUGCUUAUAUCCAGUACUUGAACUAAUGCUUAAGAAGUGUGAAUUAGCCACUUGGAAUAUGUCAAAAGAUUACUUUGCUAUGGAUGAUGUUUACAAGCAAAGAUUGGUUUAA